UACAAACUUUGAUUCCGCGGGAUAACCAUCUCCUGAUGAUCUCACUCUCGUUUACUCAUUAUCCACGAUGUCCUCAAAUUUGCGUCUUUUUCUAUUUUCUCCCGCAUGGCAGAGCUGCUCGGAAACCCCUCUCUCCUCGCCCUCGUGCUCUUUGCCACUGCGGCUUAUUUCUGGGUCCGCAAACAGGCCUCGGCUCUGCCCCUGCCUCCCGGACCCAAACCCAACUGGCUCGGGAAUGUAGACCUGCCCAAAAUCCGGCCUUGGCUCACCUAUGCCCAAUGGGGGCAUACUUAUGGCGACGUGAUCUACCUCCAUGUGUUCAAUAAUCCUAUUCUCGUCCUCAACUCUGCCGAGGCGAUCUCGGACCUGUUUGAACGACGGAGUGCCAAUUACUCGAGCCGUCCGCGGAGAACCAUGGUGGUCGACUUAAUCGGAUGGGAUUGGCUCGUCUCCUCCUUCCCCUACGGCCCAAAAUUGAGCGACCACCGAGUCUUAUUUCUGAAACAUCUUCCCAGCGCCAGAGAACCGUCCUCGAUGUGCCAGUCCCUUCAAAUCAGGGAAACCCACGAGAUGUGCCGAAAUCUGCUCGCUACUCCCGAAGCGUUCCGCUACCACAUCCGGACAAUGGCCGCAGCAGUGGUUCUGAAACUUACGUACGGCCUGUCGAACAUCACUCAGGGGACGCAUACAUCUCGCUCGCUGACCGCGCGAUGUCGAGUCUAGCUCAAGCUGGCAUCUUCGGGUCCUUCCUGGUCGAUUACCUUCCCUGGCUGAAGCACGCCCCGUCCUGGAUGUCAUUCAGGCGCAAAGCUAGGGAAUGGCGCAAACCCGUGCGCACGAUGCUCGAAUCGCCAUUUGCAGCUGCCAAGAAAGCCUGGGUGGAGGGCACAGCCACAGAUUGCUUGGUCUCUGUUGAGUUGGAAUCGGGGACGAAGAGCGAGGAGACCAUCAAGAACGUCGCGGCAACAAUGUAUGCGGCGGGUGCCGACACCGUCGUGUCUGGCAUCUCUUCUUUCUUCCUCGUCAUGCUCCUGCAUCCAGAGCUUCAGGAAACGGGAAGGCGAGAGAUCGACCGGGUCAUUGGCAAAGAACAGCGGCUGCCGCUCUAUUCCGACCGCUCCCAGCUCCCGUUCAUCG